AUGCUAGACUUACCGGACAAGGAAAACCUGUCUGAGGGAAUCCCAGACAUGUCUUUACCCCCAACGAAGGCAAAGAAGCAAGAGGAGAGUGCCAGUUUCAAGGCACAAAACAAUGCCGUACGCAGGGACAGCCCCGGCAGUACAGGCCCCCCUCUUCCCCAGGCACAAGUACCGCAAAGAACUGAACCCCAGCCAUCAGAGCCAGUACCUCAAUCCCGAGCUGGGGGCUCCGUGCCCUCAUCACCAUCUCGCACAUCUCAAAUCCAACCAGCAUCGGGGACAUCCCUUAAUCCGCCUUGGUCUCCAUCUCGUAAUUUUUUCUCUCAACCUACUGGCCUAAAGACAUCACAACCAACUGGUGCAACUACAUUACAACCCACUCCUGAGCCAGCACCUCAAUCCCGUGCUGCGGGCUCCGUGCCCUCGUCACCAUCUCGCACAUCUCAAAUCCAACCAGCAUCGGGGACAUCCCUUAACCAGCCUUGGUCUCCAUCUCGUAAUUUUUUCUCUCAACCUACUGGCCUAAAGACAUCACAACCAACUGGUGCAACUACAUUACAAUCCACAAUUCAAGAAAGCUCUCAGCCUACACUCACUGCCACUCAGCCCCCAUCUUCUCUCUCUGAGAAAGAACCAAAACCAGUGGUUUCCCAGAAACAAACCCCAGUUGAAACCUCCUCUCAACUAGAUGGAGUGGUGACACGGCCAAAAAAAGUUUUCCUAACUACUGAUCAACCCCAGAAGUCAGAUUCUGAUGCCAUUGGUGGUGAUGCUAAGCCAAAGUCAGAGGAAAGGGAAGGAGAGAAGAAAGUAGUGCGAGGAAUAACUGAAGAAAGAACAAGUGCUGCAUUUCAAGCAAAAGAAAAGCCGAAGCCGGAGAAGGAAGAAACUUUUGACAGAAAGGAGGCAAUAUACUCCGCCAGUUCUAGUGCAAAACAGAUCAACACUACAAGUUCAAAGCAUCCGAAAGAUAGGAAAAUAUCAAGCAAAUCAACUACACAAAAGCCGAGUACUGUUGUCUCCGACGGGGAACAGCUUCCACCGCAUGAAGAGGUAAGGAAAGAUAUUUUGAAGUAUCUUCAAAAGCUGACCACUAGCUAUCCGAUUGAUGAAAAACCAGUCAGUGUCAUAACCAUAGCUGGUGGAAAUGAAGGAGCAUCAAUGCACUUAGGUUUAGAGUGGGCUGAAAAAGAAGGAAAGGUCCACAUUCAGCGAGGUUACAAGCUCAAUCCAACUGAGAGCACUGAAGCUACCGCUGAUGGAGAGGGGAGCUCCAAGGCUAAGAGAUCCGAAAAUCCAAUCACAAAAGAAAACCCGCCAUCAAGAGCAUACGUCAAUAGCAACGUACAGAGUGUCAACAACUCGAUGUUGUUUGACAAUUCCAUCACCGAAAGGAAUCCUGGCGUCCAGUUGGUUGUAUCCAAUGAACAAAAAGAACCGGUCAAAUCAAGUGGUAAACCGGAGGCUCUUGAAACACGCAAGGCUGAAUCCAACAUCACCCCACCCGAGAAGCUUACAUAUGAGCCAACCGUAGAAAGACAGUGCCUCAUGACAGGGCUUUUCGUGGAACCAACUUCAAGUGACUCAGACCCAGACAACGCUGGAAAGCCUCGACGUCAUGGUUCCGAAACUGACAGUGUGGGGAAGACGGACAAAGAAAAGGAGAUUGGGAUACUCUGAUCAAGUGCGCAAUAUUACGAACUUGUUAAUAUCUGCUUAAAGACAAAGAAAUUAAUAUAUUAUAUAUGUCUGUUCGAUCGAGGAUAAUAAAGUGCUGUUACAUGCAUAAUGUAAUAAGGAUAUUGCUAUUAAUUAAAAGUUCACCAUGUCAUGCUUUC